AUGGUGUACUACUGGAUUCUCAUUGCCUCAUGGUUGGGCUCGGCCAGCCUCCAAUACAUCAACACUGGUCCUGGAUCUGAGACCCUUAUGGACCCUUUGGAUUCAACCAUACACUACUCGCCGCUACCUGACGUCAACUAUUUCAACUAUCCCGCAAAAAACUAUGAACCAAACGACGAACGCAACCAUUUCUAUGAGCCGGAUAAUCUCGAAAUACAACGCAAGCGACGUACGGCUGAAGAAGUUAACGACGAUAGAAACAAGCGUUGGCGAUCUUCAGUUGAUAGCGACAAAUCGCUUUAUUUUCAAAACCAAGACACACAUAGCCCCCUUGUAGUUGAAGCUUUAUCUGGGGAAGACAAUUCCACGGAUAAUGAAAUUUUAGAUACAGCAGAAAAAAGAAGUUUUAGCCCAUGGGGUGGGAAGAGGGAUAAACCGAACAUUGCUGAGCAUAUGUGGACUUGGAAACGUACGGCCAGCAUUCGCGAACCGAGCAUGCCCAAACGAGUUCGUUUUAGCCCAUGGGGUGGAAAACGAAGCGGCCAAAUGAUCUUCAAACCAGGUACCAAGGGUUCCAAGAUAAUAUUCUCCGCGUCUGUUCCUGAACUAACUCGGAUCGUCUCCAAUUUUUCACCAGGUAACAAAAGAUUAGAUGUCGCCGGUUUCCAAUUUGUGCCAACGCUAGACAAGCGACAUCCAAUCAAAAUCUUAGCUUUAAGCACAAAAAUGGAAGAUAGGAUUCUUCGAGAUGCUCUUCCAUUCAAUACUUUUAUAGAUAAUUUGCCGAAAAUGUACAAGCCUGGACAUCCCUACUUGGAUGUUAGUCUAAAGAAAGACGGUAAGAGGAAAGUGAAGUUUAGCGCAUGGGGCGGUAAGAGGUCUCCACCGAUCAUUGGACCAAUCUGGACCCCCGCAUCUGAAGAUGCGAAAGAUUCCACUCUCGACACAAUAGUAUUAGUACGAAACAACCAAAACGAACAUGAGAUCAAGGGUUUG